CAACGGAGUUUCUAGCGGUGCUGGUUGCAGCAUGGAGGAUCCACGAACCCACAGUGAUAAAGACAACCUCAGACAAAACCAGCUUGUUCCGCAACAAGGGAUCCAAGAAACCCAUUGCAAAUGCGUCGCUCUUGCAGCCAGCAGUCCUUGAGCGAUCUCUUAAUUGGCGCCCCGGCUGUGGCCCUCUCCCCCCAGAAGAAAUACAACGUUGCAAACGGGCGAAAUGGCAUACGAAGGCUGCGCAAGAACACCGUCGUCAAGAUCCUGGCUCGUCUCAACAGGGCCUCGAGAAAACCUUCGCGCGGCUUUGCUCCCGCCUCCAGAAGAUGUUCCUCCACGCCCUCCGCGCCAAAAGUCUGCUUGGAUGGAUCUAAGAAAGAUCAUCGAGACAAGCUGGUGCUACUGAAUUUGCUUGCUGCGCUCUAUGGCCUUGGAAACGUAAUCUCCAAGUUCGUGGACGCAGGAGCAGCUCCAGCAACUUUAAACUCGGCAGUCAAAUACGCGUCGGCGUCGCUUGUGUUCCUUCCGUUUCUGAUUCGAAGCCUCAAGAGCGACGAUGGCGGCCACAUUCGAGCUGGAGUGGAGCUUAGCUUGUGGACGUUUGUUCACAGCCUUCUCUCGAGUAGCAGCCCGAGAAGCACGGACAUGAACGCGGCUUCACUGCUCUAUGCAUUGACGGUUGUUGGCAUUCCCGUCAUGCAGCUCUAUGCCGGGGGAUCAAGCAAAGUUACAUGGCUGACUAUCACGGCGGCUCUCCUCGGCAUGGGACUCCUGGAAGAAGAAGGAGCUGGAUGGAAGGGAAUUCUUCUACCACCGUGUGACAACACCUGGGCGAUUGUCGAGGCAUCCUUCUCCAUCCUCCAGCUUCUUCGAUCGGAGUCACUUGGAAGGAACCGAGACCCCGUGCGAUUAAAUGCGAUUCAGCUGUCGCUUCUCUCGAUCCUCAACGCUGGAGUGGAGCUGAGCCACCUCAACUCCUGGACUAGUCUCGUGAGCGAAGCACAAACGCUACCGUGGUGUCCGCUGCUUUUCAGUGGCCUCGUCUGCGUCGGCCUGGGGAGUUUGCUGGAAAUGCGAGGCCUUCGAGGAGUGCACGGCUCCACCAUCGCCAUGAGCAGCCUCAUGAUACCAGUUUGGGGAGCUUUCUUCUCGCUGCUAGAGCAGGGAAGAUCCUCGCAGGAGAUCGUCCUUCUCUCGGGGAUGGUUCUCACGGUUGCCAGGCUUUCUAGCUUCUUCAUGCAUGAACUGCUACACCAUCGAGACGACGACGAGGAGGAUAAUAGCAACAGCCAGCAAAGUUCUCAAAAAUCGGGGGUUAGAAACCAUCUUCCAGUGAUGAUCUUAUCGUGCCAGUUGAAGUAUCCAUACUACGUUAACCAGGCCCAGGCUCUUCUUGGAGAUGUGGACUCGAGCAUGAACUCCAGCCUAGAGCUACUGGAAAACUCGAGCUUUCCCGAUCACCAACAGCGAGAAAUCUAUCAAACACAACUGUUCAUAUCGUCACGAACUUUAACAACACCUUCGUCGCCUUGA